UAACUUUACAUAUAAUAAUUGAAGGGGCGGCCAUCUUGGUUCCCUGUCAACUUUCUAUUUGAUCUGAAUAAAAAUAAAUCCCGUUCAACAAUUAUUCUUAUUUCCCUCAUAAACCAAUGCUUAUUGCUUAGUACUUUUGUUUUUAGAAUCUUUUAUAUAAUUCUUUAUUUCCGGUGAUCAGAUUUUGUUGUAACGGGUUAUAACAAAAAUAAAGCAAGAUAUUGGACAAAGAAAACCGAUUUGAUCAUCAUCAUCAUAUUCAUGUGUUUGUAAAAGUUUUUUGCGGAAACUUUCUUCUCCUCGCCGCCGUUACUUGGGUAGACAGGCGGGUGGCGACAGGAAAAAAUAGACGAUGUCCUCCCCAGUGAGGGACGAGGAAGAAGAGGAGGAGGAAGAAGAAGAGAUAGCCGUGUCCGAAGAGGGGGACGGCGAUAAGGAGGAGGAAGACGACGAAGAAGAGGAGGAGGAAGAAGACGAGACACAGGCGACACAAAUCCGCCAUAGCCCUAACCUUUUCUUCCCGCCAACGGCCCCCAGGGAAAAAGUGGGAGUUGAAACUGAGAAGGAGACAGCAGUCGCCACUGCCACAGAAGAUGAAGACAUUUCUCCACCUCUCUCACCACCAGAGACCCACAUAAAGAAAAAGAGAGGACCAAAAAAGAAAGACAAGGAGAAACAGAGACCAAUCAAAGCUCGGAAGCGCAAAAAGCAUGAUAGCGAUGAGGAUCUGCAUUGGGAUGGAAGCUUUGGAGAUCAGGCUUCACAAGACAGUGAGUCAGAGCGGGGAGGAAAGAAGAGAAAAAAGAAACACAAAGAAAAGAAGAGCAAAAAACGGAAAAAAGAUGAAGAGUCAGGAGAAGAACGCAAGGUGGAGCAGAAGUCUUCUGCAAUGUUGCUAUCAAGCUGGGGAUUAGAGGACGUAGAUCAUGUCUUUACAGAUGAUGAUUAUCAUACUUUGACCAAUUACAAGGCUUUCAGCCAGUUCAUGAGACCUCUCAUUGCCAAGAAAAACCCAAAGAUCCCAAUGUCUAAAAUGAUGACGAUUCUAGGUGCCAAGUGGCGGGAAUUUAGUACCAACAACCCCUUCAAGUCUUCCCCAGCAGCUGUGGCAGCAGUUGCUGCAGCGGCAGCGGCUGCAGUGGCUGAACAAGUGACAGCUGUUACUCUCCCAUCUUCUACAAGCGUAACCCAAGGUGCACCUAUGCGUAGAGCAAAAACAAAGGAAGGCAAAGGUCCUGGUCAUAAAAAGCAGAUGAAGGGCCCAAGGACUCCUGUACCAAAAAAAAAUGCUAACAAGAAAAUGGCACCUUUGAAGAUCAAACUGGGAGGUGUGAAACGCAAGGCUGGCAGCUCAAGUGAUGAUCUAGAGACUGGGGAGGCCUCAGACAUGGAAAACUCGAGUGUGCACAGCUCAUCGGUCCCAUCAGACAGCUCUGGGAGGAUAAAGAGGAAAAGGGGAAGGCCAGCUGGGAAAAAGAAAAAAGUUACCAUUGAGGAGGGGGUGUCAACAGGUGAAGGCUAUGAGACUGAUCACCAGGAUUACUGUGAAGUCUGCCAGCAGGGAGGCGAAAUCAUCCUGUGUGACACAUGCCCACGAGCUUAUCACCUGGUGUGCCUAGAACCUGAGUUGGAGAAGGCUCCUCAGGGCAAGUGGAGCUGCCCACAUUGUGAGAAGGAAGGUGUGCAGUGGGAGGCAAAGGAACUCGAGGAAGAAGAAAUAGAGAAUCAGGGAAGAGAGAGGCGUGAGGAGGAAGAUGAUCACAUGGAAUUUUGCCUCGUGUGUAAGGACGGAGGGGAGCUGUUAUGCUGUGAUGCAUGUGUUUCCUCUUACCACAUACACUGCUUAAAUCCUCCCUUGCCAGAUAUCCCACAUGGGGAGUGGCUCUGCCCACGAUGCACGGUCCCACAGUUGAAAGGCCGUGUUCAAAAGAUCCUUCACUGGCGCUGGGGCGUGCCCCCUGAGGGUGUAAAACCACCACAAUGUGCAGACAAUGGCUCUGAAGCAGAUCCACCUCCAGCUCUACAAGGAAGGUCAGAGAGGGAAUUCUUUGUGAAGUGGGCAGGGAUGUCAUACUGGCAUUGCAGCUGGAUCACGGAGCUACAGCUUGAAAUCUUUCACACCGUCAUGUACCGCAACUUCCAGCGUAAGAACGAUAUGGAUGAACCACCUGCUUUGGAUUAUGGUUCAGGGGAGGAUGAGGGGAAAAAUGAAAAGAGCAAGGAUCCGGAAUACUCGGAUAUGGAGGAGAGAUUUUACCGAUAUGGCAUCAAACCUGAGUGGAUGUCUAUACAGCGUAUCAUCAAUCACAGUGUGGAUAAGAGAGGAUUCUACCACUAUCUGGUGAAAUGGAGAGAUUUAUCUUAUGAUCAGUCUACUUGGGAGGAAGAUGGCAUGAAGUUGCCAGAUUAUGAGUAUUACAAGGAGAUGUACUGGAGGCACAGGGAUCAGAUUAUGGGUGAAAACAGCUGCUGUCCUCCAAAGUUUAAGAAACUGCACAAGGAAUCCUACCUGGAUGAUGUUCCAAGUUCACCAGUUACUGAUCCUACGGUGAAGUAUGAAACGCAGCCAAAGUUUGUGUCCUCCACGGGUGGAACUCUACAUAUGUACCAGUUAGAAGGACUAAACUGGUUGAGAUUCUCGUGGGCACAGGGUACAGAUACAAUCUUGGCAGAUGAAAUGGGACUUGGAAAGACCAUACAGACCAUUGUAUUCCUCUACUCCCUGUAUAAGGAGGGACACUCACGUGGCCCCUUUUUGGUCAGUGCUCCCCUCUCCACAAUAAUCAAUUGGGAACGUGAGUUUCAGAUGUGGGCUCCAAAUUUUUACGUUGUAACAUACACAGGAGAUAAAGACAGCAGAUCUGUAAUCCGGGAGAAUGAAUUCUCUUAUCAGGACAACGUAAUAAAAGGGGGGAAAAAAGCUUUCAAGAUGAAGGCACAGGCUCAGGUGAAAUUCCAUGUCCUUCUCACAUCAUAUGAACUUGUGACAAUUGAUCAGGCUGCUCUGGGUUCCAUUCGCUGGGCUUGUUUAGUUGUGGAUGAGGCUCAUCGUCUUAAGAACAAUCAGUCAAAGUUUUUCCGGGUGUUGAAUGGGUACCAGAUUGAUUACAAACUACUCCUAACAGGCACACCCCUACAGAACAACCUGGAGGAACUGUUCCACCUACUGAACUUUCUGACUCCUGAAAGAUUCAACAAUCUGGAGGGGUUUCUGGAGGAAUUUGCUGAUAUUUCUAAGGAAGAUCAGAUCAAAAAGCUUCAUGAUCUUCUCGGUCCUCACCUUCUUCGUCGACUAAAGGCUGAUGUGUUCAAGAACAUGCCAUCAAAGACGGAACUCAUUGUCCGCGUGGAGCUCAGUCCCAUGCAGAAGAAAUACUACAAAUUCAUUCUUACACGUAACUUUGAGGCUUUGAACUCCAGGGGAGGAGGAAAUCAAGUUUCCCUUCUUAAUAUCAUGAUGGAUUUGAAAAAAUGCUGUAAUCACCCUUAUCUCUUUCCUGUGGCCUCCUUGGAGUCCCCAAAGCUUCCAAGUGGUGCAUAUGAAGGAGGAGCUCUCAUCAAGUCCUCAGGCAAACUACUGCUUCUACAGAAGAUGUUACGGAAACUGAAUGAGCAGGGACAUAGAGUUUUAAUCUUUUCUCAGAUGACUAAAAUGCUGGAUCUGUUGGAAGAUUUCUUGGAUUACGAGUGUUACAAAUAUGAACGUAUUGAUGGAGGUAUUACAGGUGCUUUGAGACAGGAGGCCAUCGACCGGUUUAAUUCUCCUGGUGCUCAGCAGUUUUGUUUCCUGCUCUCCACUCGUGCUGGGGGUCUGGGGAUCAAUCUUGCUACAGCUGAUACUGUCAUUAUAUAUGACUCUGAUUGGAAUCCACACAAUGACAUCCAGGCUUUCAGUCGAGCACACCGUAUUGGUCAAGCUAACAAAGUAAUGAUUUAUCGAUUUGUAACACGAGCAUCAGUUGAGGAGCGAAUCACACAAGUAGCCAAGAGGAAGAUGAUGCUCACCCAUCUGGUAGUUAGACCCGGUCUAGGCUCCAAAGCUGGUUCCAUGUCCAAGCAGGAACUUGAUGACAUCCUCAAGUUCGGAACCGAAGAGCUCUUCAAGGAUGAGAUUGAAGGUGAUAACAGAGAGGAGGAUAGCAGUGUAAUUCAUUAUGAUAACGGAGCCAUUGCACGGCUGCUUGAUAGAAACCGAGAUGAAACGGAGGACACAGAAGUCCAAAAUAUGAACGAAUAUCUCAGCUCCUUCAAAGUAGCACAAUAUGUUGUUCGUGAAGAAGAGAAGCAGGAAGAGCUGGAACGUGAAGUGAUUAAGCAGGAAGAGAAUGUGGACCCAGACUACUGGGAGAAGCUACUAAGACAUCACUAUGAACAGCAGCAGGAAGAUCUGGCAAGGAAUCUAGGCAAAGGGAAGAGGGUGCGCAAGCAGGUUAACUAUAAUGAUGCUGCUCAGGAAGACCAGGAUAACCAUUCUGAAUAUUCAGUUGGAUCUGAAGAGGAAGAUGAAGAUUUUGAUGAACGGGCAGAAGGUCGGAGGCAGUCUCGCAGACAGCUACGCAAUGAGAAAGAUAAACCCCUGCCACCUCUCCUGGCGAGGGUCGGAGGGAACAUAGAGGUCCUGGGAUUCAACACAAGACAGCGUAAAGCUUUUUUGAAUGCAGUUAUGCGCUGGGGGAUGCCUCCUCAAGAUGCUUUUACCACACACUGGCUGGUGAGAGACCUGCGAGGCAAGUCUGAGAAAGAAUUCAAAGCCUAUGUGUCUCUCUUUAUGAGACACCUAUGUGAGCCUGGCGCUGAUGGUUCAGAGACGUUUGCAGAUGGUGUCCCCCGUGAGGGAUUAUCUCGUCAGCAGGUUCUGACCCGCAUUGGAGUUAUGUCUCUAGUAAAGAAAAAGGUGCAGGAGUUUGAGCAUAUCAAUGGGCGUUGGAGUAUGCCAGAACUUAUGCCUGAUCCCAGCCUGGAUUCAAAACUCUCAUCUCGGGCAUCCUCACCCACAGUAAAAACCUCCACUACCACUCCAGAGCCUAGUCUCACCAACACUCCCUGCACUUCCAAACCAGCCACACCGGCCCCAAGCGAGAAGGGUGAAAAUGGAGGGACUCCAAAUGAGAAAGAUGAGGUAGACGGAAAAGAGGAGAGAGAUAAAGAGAUCAAGGGAACAGAUACAAUAGAGACAGAUGCUGAACAAACUGGUAAUUUGAGGACUCCAAGUCCAAAUAAUACAAUGCCUCCACCUUCUAAUGCUGGCUCUGAAAAGAGUGAUGGGAAAAUGGCUUUGGAAACACCAAAUCCACCAGCUUUGAGGGAGGAAACAGCUGAAGCUCCUACAACAGAAGAGAAGACUUGUAAGACAUCUGAUCCUGAGAAGCCACAGGAUAGUGGUACAGAAAAAGAUAGCGUUCCAGAAAUUCCUGAGGAAGGAGCAUCAGAAACCUCAAAAGGCACAGAAGAAAUUAAGUUGGAGAGAGAAACACAGAAAGAUGGGAAACCGAACUGCCAGAGAGAAGACAUGAAAAGUAGUAAUGGAAGGAAGGAAGAGAUUAGACCAGAAAGAGCACGAUUUAUGUUUAAUAUUGCAGAUGGAGGAUUUACAGAGCUGCACACCUUGUGGCAGAAUGAGGAAAGAGCAGCCAUUUGCUCUGGGAAACUCAAUGAAAUCUGGCACCGUCGACAUGAUUACUGGCUUCUAGCUGGGAUUGUGGUACAUGGUUAUGCUCGCUGGCAGGACAUCCAGAAUGAUUCCCCUUUUACUGUCAUUAAUGAGCCUUUCAAAUCCGAGACAAACAAAGGCAAUUUCUUGGAGAUGAAGAACAAGUUCCUAGCAAGGAGGUUUAAGCUUCUGGAGCAAGCUCUGGUCAUAGAAGAGCAACUGCGCCGAGCAGCCUAUCUGAAUAUGACCCAAGACCCCUCUCAUCCAGCUAUGGCACUCAAUGCUCGCUUUUCUGAGGUGGAGUGUCUGGCAGAGAGUCACCAGCACCUCUCUAAGGAAUCCUUGGCUGGAAAUAAGCCAGCCAAUGCUGUGCUACACAAAGUACUGAACCAGCUGGAGGAAUUGCUGAGUGAUAUGAAGGCGGAUGUAACACGCCUGCCUGCUUCCCUCGCACGCAUCCCGCCCAUCGCAGCCAGAUUACAGAUGUCAGAGCGCAGUAUCCUGAGCCGACUCGCCAGCAAGGGGAGCGAAAGCACAGCUCCUCCGGUGUUCCCCCCUGGCCCUUACACUACUCCUGCUUUCUUUGGGGGGCCUUUCACCACUAGUCCUACUACAGCUACGUUUACAGGGGCAAAUUAUAACCAAAUGCCACUAGGAUCCUUCUUAUCAGCUUCCAACGGGCCCCCUGUACUUGUUAAAAAAGAGCGAGAGAUGGAUUUACUGGACAGAAAAGAAGGGAGAGGAGGAGAAGUGAUUUGCAUUGAUGACUGAGAUCCUCUUGCACUUCCCGACAUCUAAUGAAUGGAAAAGCCAUCCGUGAUUAUGAGGGGAACCACUAUCAGAUGUGUGAGGCCAGGAACAUAGUGGAUCAAGGGAAUCUCUGAGCACUUUAAUAAUCAUACAAAAGCUAAGUGUGUAAAGUGACAGACAAAAAGGAGAUGGUAUUAUCUUAAUCUCUCCCAAGGGCCAUAGCCAGAAACAAACAACGUGCCUGAUUAUGUUUGUGCUAUUUGACAAGGACACAUAGUGAAGGAAGUUAUGAGUCUCUCCCACAGCAUUCAGAAGGGCCCAGUGACAAGGACAAAGGAGCCAAGUCUCUCUUCCCGUGCAGUAUGACACACGGAGGAAGAACAAAUGACUUUUUAUUCCCCCCAAAAUGUCAGUCUCUUCUGUCUUUGUCCUCUUUUCACAAGCCCCUCAGCCAAUCAAUGAGCUCAGUUUGUGCUGACAUUGUAUACCAUGUGUAUAUUUAUAUAUAUAUAUAUAUGCACACACAUUGCUUUCUGUAUACCGCUGCCUGGCCUGCUACGCCUAACGUGGUUCCGUUCUUUUCAUGGUCUGCUUUUAUUUACCUGUGAUGUACAUAUAAAUUAUACUUUUUAUUUCUGCCAGUAAGAUAAAUCUACUUCAUUUGUGAAUUAUUAAGGGGCAUGAGUCCUUACAAAAAAGGGGUGUAAACUUCAAACACACAACAGGUUAGUACCAUAAAGAGAAAGUAUUAUGCUUUGAAAGGCCAUUUUUGCCGUAUUUAAAAAAAAAAAAAAAAGGCAACAGCACAGCAGCAUCUAGUACUACCCACUACCCACAAAAAUAGCAAUUUGUUAAUUAUGACAAGUGUUUUUGUUUUAUAGCACUUGGCUGUUUAAAUUACUAGUUGUGUUCUAGGGAGCUUAAUGUCCCUUUAACGGUGGAAAAACAACUACAUUCUCUUGUUGAAAUGGUUAUAUUGGUUUAUCGGCUUUGGUUAUAUGUAACUCAAGGAAUUUGUUUUGAGAGCAGUUAUAUAAAAUAAUGUGAAUUUAAGGGAGCAGUGUUAUAGAUUUUAUUUUAUUGAACAAAGGAGUGAGUUAUUGAGAGGGUGUAUGUAUCUCAUGAACUUGCAUUAUUUUUAGGAGUGCUACAAAGAUUUAUAUUUUAAGUUACACAGAACAAUGAAGAUAAAACAUCCAAUAAUUUAUGUUUCAGGAAGCAAAUAUGCUGUAAUUGUUAAAUAUCAUUACAGAUUUAUACGAAACAUAGCAGCCAACCAGUAUAUUGAGGAACCAAAUACACAUUAUCUUGGGCCAUGCACUCACCAAUGAAGAUUAGAUCUUCGUAUUAGACCCCCAUAUUCUUCACAUUGUAUUAGAUCCCUCCAUAUCUUGCCUGACGUCAUUCUUAUCUCAUUCAGUCCUUUGAAGAGAAUGAAUAAAUACCCACUGCUUUAGGCAAUGCCAUGAGACCCCAUUCCCCUGCAGGCACUUAUACUUUUUAUAAAAUGCACUUUUGAGACAGUAUGUAUGUUAUGUUUUUCUGAGUUAAUAUUAAUGUGCAUAGUUUGUGUUUUAUACCUACAUAUAAGAACUACAGUUACACUUGCAGCUUCCAAUAAUUAGGGGGCUGUGCUGCACGGUGGGAGGUUUGUCAGUUCUGAUAUAUAUAUAUUUAUUUUCAUAUCACCAUUGGUUCUUUUACACUGUGGCAGGUUAUUGACCUCAUGUUAUUGUGUGUGCACUGAGAUGCAUGCAGCUUUUGCAUGUCAUUUAUCUAACGCUAGUAUGUGCAUUAGGAUUGAGCAUCUUAUACAUACAAUAUACAUGUCUGCUUUAUGGUGUGUAUUAGGCAUGAAUGCACCUAUUGUUUUUGGAAGCCUAUUGUUCUGGUAUGUUCAGGGUAGUGGUAAGAACAUUUUUCUUCGCAUUGUAGGGCCACUCCUACCAUUUAGCAGAUGUUGUUUUCCCCCUCUCUGGAUAGUUUAAGACCCCACAUUUUUAUAUAUUUCAUUUAUAUACAAUAGAGCCUUGGUAAGGGCUAGUAUUUAUUAUUUAUUUGUUUCUUUACAUGUUUAUAUGCUUGUUGGCACAAUAUAUUUUUUUCUCACCAUCUAUUCCAUGUUUCUCUCCAAUGAAAGCUAAAGUGCCUUUAAAAUGUACGAUGCUGCUGCUUCUAUAUAUUCUUUUUGUUCCACUAGAGAUGCUGAGACAGAUGGUUGCGAAGUGCUUGAAAUGUGCUCCUGUGUACAUCUAUAUGCUUCUGAUAAUAUUUUGGAUGGAGCAUAAUGCAGGCUUUUGUAAGAACCAAUUUCAUUGAACCCGUGUGUGCUUUCACAUAUUAUUAAACAUUUUUUACAUACUUUA